AUGGCACCUCCUCAAUUUUUCAUUUCAGUUUUCCUAGUGUCCUCUUUCCUUUUGCCGUCUGUUUUGGGCUAUAACGCUAACAAUGUGAAGUCAUGGUGCAGCAAAACUCCCAACCCUCAACCAUGUGAGUAUUUUUUGAGCCAAAAUCCAAUAAACACCACAAUCAGAGAUGAGCCUGAUUUUCUCAAAAUCUCCAUGCAACUCGCUCUAGAGCGUGCCACAAGUGCACAAAAUGACAUGUACUUAUUGGGCCCAAAAUGCCGAAAUGAGCUUGAAAAGGCUGCAUGGGCCGAUUGCCUUCAGCUCUAUGAACUAACCAUCCUCCUCCUCAAUAAAACUGUUGAUUACAGCACCAAUCUCAGCAAAGAUGAUACUCAAACAUGGCUCAGCACGGCUUUAACCAACCUCGAAACAUGCCGGACCGGGUUUAUCGAACUCGGGGUCCCGGAUUAUAUUCUACCCAUGAUGUCAAAUAACGUGUCCAAGUUAAUAAGUAACACUCUGGCUCUCAACAAGGCAACUUUCAAGGAACCAACCUACAAAGAUGGGUUCCCGACAUGGGUGAAGCCCGGUGACAGGAAACUGUUGCAGACUUCAUCACCAGCUUCUAGUGCGAAUAUCGUGGUAGCACAAGAUGGUUCAGGGAAUUAUAAGACGAUAAAAGACGCGCUAUCCGCUGCUUCUAAGCGAUCUGGGAGUGGAAGAUAG